AUGUCUCAAGGGUCACAGCCUGAUGCUAUUCAGGGAGUGAGUCUUCCGCGAUACCUGGUCGUUCAUGGCAGGGACGGAUUGGCGUUGUAUGCCGACUGGCCUCAGGCGGCGUUGAGGGUACAAGGCUUCCCCAACGCUAUAUACAAGAAAUAUCGCACCGGUGAGGAAGCUCGCACUGCGUACGAUCGUGUUAGGGAGAUUAUGGACACCCACGGCACGACCAAUGUCACCCCCGCCAUCAUGGCGUCUCUCCGCGCCCCGCCUCCCUAUCAACCCUUCGUCAACCCCUCCGCUGUCUCUGCUACCGUUUCUCCCACUCCCGCGUCUGUCCCCGCCUCCGCCGAUGCCCCGCCCGCCGAUGCCCCGCCCGCCGAUCUUCCCCCCGCCGAGGCUUCCCCCCUUGCUGACACCCCUUCUGAGACUCCUGCUGUCAUCCACGACGAUCUGAUCGCCACGAUGCAGCCCUACGAUACCUUGUCCGAGGUUGGAGUGAGCGACGAGGAGGACACCCAGUCCCUUCUCGAGACAUCGUCCGUAGGGUCGGUUCCCGAGACGGAGAUCGAUGAGGAGGAGGCUCGCGAAGCGGCCCACGCGGUUUCUAGCCUUGUGGUGCCGGUUCCUGGUAGCGCGCCCGAUACUCCGGUGAGUUCCGCUUUGGCCGAUCCUGAGGCGGCCGCGAAUCGCACUAUCGAAGCGGUGCGUUAUGAGGCCGUGCACAGGAGUCGCCGACCUUUCCCGACGGUCCACCCUCUUCUUCGUGCCGCUGUCGAAGCCUCGCUCACUUCCGACUCGGUUCGCGACGCCAGUAUCCGCUCCGCCUACAUCGAGGACACCGCGAAGAUGCUUGCGGACGUGUUAUUCACCGGUGAGGCAUACUAUGUAAUCGUUCGUGGCCGAGAACCUGGAGUCACGCGUACAAACUGGGUCGGUGCGAGGGUCCACGUUGAUGGCAUUGCCGAUGCCUACUACCAGGCUUUCCUUUCUGGAGCGACGGCUCGUCGUUGGUGGAAGGAACACCGCGGGGAGGCCGUCAACUACGGCCCCACCGGUGUGGCGUCCACGUUGGACAACAACAACCCCAACGGGCCAGUUCCCACGGCGAACCACCACCACCAUCAACUCGAGACGCGGCUGAAUUCCAAUGCCCACUCUCCUACUCGCGUCACUCGCAAUACGUGCCGCUUCAUGCUCUGCGAGGAGCACAAGAUCGCGUUCUUCGUCAAGGUCAAGUGGGUUCGCGCAGGCGAUGAGUGGAUUGCGUUGAAGGCAGAUGGGGUGCAUAUCCCGCGUUGCGCGGAUUACGUAGUCUUUGGAGAUCCUCUUGGACUCCUGUCCGGGUCUGCAGCUUAG